GGAUCAAACCACCGAAGAUUCCCGCAGAUAGCGAUUUUUUUUCCCCAACGUUUCAAACCCUGGCUUCGCCCUCACUUCAAACAUCCAUCAAACACAUAUUUUUGGGAAUAUAUUUGGGUCGAUAAUGCUGGAUGGUCGGCCUCAUGAAACUCACCAGAGAUAUAUGCAGGUUGUUGGGACUCGGAAGCGGUUCUGCUGUCCAGCAGCAGGAGGAACAGAUGAACUGUGGGGCGGCAAUCUCUGACCCAAGUCACGAUGGCACUUUGUCACAGGAUGCAAUAAAUGGCGAAGAGGAUCUGAGUGAGGAAGAAAAAGCCCGACUGAAAGCGGAGCGACGGAAAGCCAAGAGGAAGCGCCGUCGAAAUCGUAAGAAGCAAGAACAAACUAAGCAGAAUGACAGUGUUGAACAGGAUGAUGAAGAGGAAGAUGGUGGUGUAGAGUCUGAACUGGACGAGAGCGAGUCAGAAGCAGACGUCGUCGCUGAAGAGGAGAAACAAAGAGCACAAAAACAGGAGAAAAUGAUUGAUGCAAAAUCAGCAGCUUCACACAAAUACGUUUCCAUACCAGUCAUGGCUCCUGUAGACAUCAAAGGACAUCAGAAGAUAAAGACCAGAUCCACAGAAGAGGAGCCUGAGUGGGAUGUGAGUAGUGCCUUUUUUGCUAAUGCUGCCAGCCAUAUCAAACCCAAAGGAUCAAGUCGAAAAUCUAAAGAAAACAAGGAGAACGAAGCCAGGAGAGAGACCAAUGGUACUGACUCCAUGACCAAGAAAAGCACGUCACUUACAGAAAAAGGGAUAAAGUUAGUGCAAGAAGGACAGUAUGCACACGCAGUCGUUUUGUUUACAGAAGCCAUAAAAUGUGACCCAAAUGAUUACAGGUUUUUUGGAAAUCGUUCUUAUUGCUACUACUGCUUGGAGCAGUACUCUAAAGCCCUGGCAGAUGCUGAAUACUCGAUUCAGUUGGCUCCAGAAUGGCCCAAAGGACACUUCCGCAAAGGCAGCGCUCUUAUGGGCCUGAAGCGGUACAGUGAAGCAGAAAAGGCGAUGGAGCACGUGCUGAAACUGGACAAAGAUUGUGAGGAGGCUGCCAAUGACCUCUUCAACUGCAAAGUUCUUCAGCUUAUGGAGUUUGGUUUUGAAGAAAUGCAAAGCGUUCUCUUGCUGGAACGAUUUCCAAGUGUGCAGGCUGCUCUGGCAUCUUGUUCUGACGCGUCAAAAGCCAGUGGCCAAGAUCCAUCGGCUGCGCAACCAGGAAGCCCUUGUCCGUCUCUUUGGGUGGGAAACGUAACAACUGAGAUAACAGAGAAACACUUGUGGGACCUUUUUAAAACGUAUGGAGAGAUAGAGAGCAUCCGUGUUCUGCAUGAGAGAUUCUGUGCCUUUGUCAACUUUAAGAAUGCAAACAUGGCAGCCCAUGCCAUGGACAAACUAAAUAAUCACUGUAUUGAGAACACACGAUUAGUUGUGCGCUAUCCUGACCGUCGCCCUCAGAAGCUCCUUCCCAUUCCACUGAAAACAUUUCUCCCCGUCACACAGCAGGCAGGGGCAGCUGCCGGUCCUCGGAGACGUGGCCCAGUGAACGGAGAUGAGUGUUACUUCUGGAGAACCACUGGCUGCCAUUUUGGAGACAAAUGCCGCUACAAACACAUUCCUGAUCAGAAAGGCAAGGACAGGAAACCGUGGCAGCCCUGAACUUGUUUAGCCUUUUUAUUUAUUUUUUUUUUUAAAGACGCAGAUGCACCAAAUGUGCCCAUGGAGUUUGUGCUUAGUGACUCAGCUGGUUUUGCUAGAGAAGUGUUUGUAUUUAUUGUAGUAACUAUCCCUCACUAAGUCAGGAGCAGAGUGAAGAAUAGUCACGAGACAAAGAACUGAGAGCAUGAAAGUUAUUGUAAACCAAGAUGUAAUUGAUGCUCAAAAAUACAAAUAAGCACAAA